AUGAAAAAAACUGUAUUGCAAGAUACACAACGUAUACUGGAUCUUAUUUCUAAACGAGAUCUUGAUGACGAUGAAAAGAAGCAAUUAAUCGAUGAAACUGUCGAUAAUUUCAAUGAUUAUAUCAAUCCAGGUUUCUUAAGAUAUCGAAAAUCAUUUUCACCUGAUUACGUGGCAGUUGAAUGGACAGAUAGUGGUUCAAUGUUUACAUGUGUUAAAGGAAUUGAAUACAUCGAUUGUUUAGGUGGAUAUGGUAUUUAUAAUGUUGGUCAUCGUCAUCCAAAAGUAUUGAAAGCAGUUAAAGAUCAAUUACAACGUCAAGCAUUACAUUCACAAGAAUUACUCGAUCCAUUACGAGGUUAUUUAGCAAAAAUUUUAGCUGAAUUGGCUCCGGGAAACUUAAAAUACACAUUUUUCACAAAUAGUGGCACAGAAUCAGUUGAGGGUGCAUUAAAAAUGGCACUACUUGCAACCGGUCGUCGAGUAGUUAUUGGUGCCGUUGGAGGCUUUCAUGGGAAAAGUUUAGGUUCAUUAAGUGCAACUUCAAAAGCGGUUUUUCGAAAGCCAUUUUUGUCGUCGUUACAUGAAAUGCGGCAUAUACCUUUCAAUGAUUUAGAUGUCUUGGAACAAACAUUAGCUUGUCUAAAAUUUACGGGUGAUGAUGCUGCUGCAGUUUUACUUGAACCAAUACUUGGCGAAGGUGGAAUUAUUAUACCAAAUGAUGAUUAUUUUCCAGGUGUUCGUCGUUUAUGUGAUAAAUACGGUGCCCUACUAAUAGCUGACGAAGUUCAAACUGGUAUGGGAAGAACAGGAAAAAUGUUUUGUAUUGAACAUUGGAAUGUUGAACCUGAUAUUUUAUGUUUGGGUAAAGCAUUUGGUGGCGGUAUCAUGCCAGCAGGAGCAUUUAUUGGCUCGGAUAAAUUAUGGAAGCCAAUAUUUAAUAAUCCAUUUUUACACACAACAACAUUCGGAGGUAGUCCAUUGGCAUGUGCAGCAGCAAUAGCAACAAUAAAUGUCAUAUGCGAAGAACGACUUAGUGAUCUUGCACGAAUUACAGGUGAUAUAUUUUUAGCAAAACUUAAAACAACCAUAAAACCAUAUACACCGCAUAUAACACUUGAUGCACGUGGAAAAGGUUUAAUGCUUGCAUUAGAAUUCGUUGAUACCGAUAUUGGUUUUCGUGUUUCAAAAGGUUUAUUUCGCGAGAGAAUACUUGUUGCUGGUACAUUGGUUAAUGCAAAAACAAUACGCAUUGAGCCACCAUUAACAAUAACAUUGGAACAAGUUGAUAUUGUUAUUAUGGCUUUAGAUAAAGUAUUAAAAGAAAUUUCAAAUGAAAUAAGACCUCCAUCAUCGAAUAAUGAUUCACAUGUUAGAACAACAUCAUCGAAUAACGUUAAACAAACUGUGCUUUCACAACAAUUGUGA